CCUAUCGAUACUUGUAUAGCUCUUCGCCGCGUUUGCUGCCUCGCAGAAGGAAAAUAAAAAUUAACGCAGGAGCGCAAAAAGCGGAAAAUACAGUUUAACGGAACCAACGGGAUUGCAAAGUCCCGAAAUCCGCACAGCAAGCAACCAAAGAGGCACCACCAGGAAUUCUUUUUAGUCCGGAAUCCAAUCCCGCAGAGGAGCACCGUUUCCAAUAAGCAAGCAUACAUAAAUGGUUUCUACUUUCAUUGGCCUAUUGGACAUUCAAUCAUGGUGGGAGAUACCGUGUAUUUCGCAUUUCUGUUCAUUGUUUAGUUCCGCCUUUGAUCUGCCCGACAUCGAUAUCGAGGACCUCGAAUCGGCGCUGCUCUCCGAUGGUACCAGCGAUGAGGAUCAGGUUGCCCUAGUGCCCGAGUUAAUUGUGCGCCUGCUGAAGGGUUGCGAUGCGCUACAGUCGGUAGCCAAGGAAAUCACACACAGCAACUAUCAGAUGUUCUUGCGUCGCUUCUUGCGCCAACAGUGUCGCCUGCACCAGACCGAGAACCACUUCGACACGGACGUUGACUUCCAGUCGCUGCCCGUGCGCAAGCGCCUGCACAUCCUGCACGACCUGUGCCACUUCCGCCUGGACUCGGCCGAUGUGCAGGUCAUCCUCAGCAACUUAGAGGCGGACAGUCUGCGCGUGGAGCCGCUCGGCUACGACGCAAAGAACUCGGGCUACUGGUAUUUCUACGGCACGCGCCUCUAUCGCGAGGACAAGGCCAGCGGCGCAGCUGCAUCUGGUUCGGGCUCGUCGUCUGGAUCUGGGGCUGCGGGCGGAGCAGCAUCCGCUUCAGCGGGAGGAGCGGGUAGCAAGGGCACCGUCUGGCAGGUCAUCUGCUUUACCGAGGAGGACUGGCAGAACUUGGCGGCCAAGUUUAAGACCUCCACCAACGCCAAAGAGCGCGAACUAUUCCAGAUACUUGAUGAGAACUUUUUGCCCAAGCUGCCGCAGCUUUUCCGGGAGCGCGAGCGUUUGAGGCGCCGAAAACUAUUGCAAGUGCGCAACUCCAGUCGCAUCCGCAACCUCGUCGAGCUAAAGGCCCGCCAGGAGGAGGAGCGCCAGCGUCGCGAGCGCGAGAAUCUCUACCAGGAACGCCAGAACGCUCACUGGGUGGCCCUGCCGGCGCAGCAGCCACAGCCGCAGCAGUCGCAGCGCACACGCAGACGAUCGCAAUCGACUUCAACGGCUAGCGGUAUUUCCACAUACGCAAGCUCCCUGAGACGAACAACCACAACUAAUUCGAGCGAAUUUUUGUGCCACAGGGAAACAUUCUGCCUCACGCCAGAAAACGAAAACGACGACGAGGAAGCUGCCGACGACGAGCAGCCGCAAGAGCAACAGGAGCAGGAGCCGGAGCAGCAGGAGGAAUCACUAGCGGCUUCAGGAGCAGGCGCCAACGACUUUCGGUCGCCCCAAACGCCCGCGGAGUUGAAGAGCAAGAGCCAUCAUCACCACCACCAUCACCACCACCACAAGAAGAAAAAGUCGGGUAAGAAGCAGAAGAAGCGCCACCACCGGGAGAGGGAGAGAGAUCGCGAUCGAGAUCAUCAUCAUCACCAUCGCCGGCGACACAAGCAUGCCUCUGAGGCCGACGACCCGGAGGACGACAACAACAACCACAAUAGCAACAGCAACAGCAAUAGCAACACCAACACCAACAGCAGCGCCAGUAGUCGACGACGCUGUGGCCACCAGCAGCAGCCAGAGGCCCAGGAACCGCAAACCUCUCUAAGUCCCGAGGACAAGGAGAACUUCUGCAGGCAGCUCCAGCUGCUGGACACCAAUUCGGCUGCCAUUGCCGUUGCCACGAGCAUCGCUGACCUCAACUUGCCAUCGCCGUUGGCACAUGAGAGCGAAGUCGAGGAGCCCGAGGAGCAGCAGCAUCAGCAGGCGGGUCGGCCGGCAGCAGAACCUCCAGAGACCCCUGAGCCACCCGAAGUAGCUCCCCCCAUGGCGCCAGCGGCGAAUGUGAAGCUGCCGGGCCGGCAGACAAACAAUUCCCUCAGCUCGCUGACGGGCAACAUAUUCAUACCGGCGGGCAGCAGCCAACCGCAGCAGCAGCAGCCGUCCCAGCAGCAACAGGCGCAGGAGCAACAGGCCCAGAGCAGCAGCAGCAGCAGCAACAGUGCCGCCAGCACAGUGCGGUCCAAGAAGCAGAAGGCUGUCCUGAACAGCAGCAAGUCGGCGGACAAGGCGGAACGCAACCUUAGCAAAGCGGAGGCGGCGGGGAAGUCGAAGAAGUCCGCGGCUGGGUCCUCUGCUUCCUCGUCUUCCAGCAAGGCAGAGCGCCAGAGUGGAGCCUACUCGGACAAGAGCGGCGAUGACUUCACCGAAACGGAGGAGGUCCUGCAGAUCGGGAUGCACAAGGUGCUCGUUUACGUCAAGAACCACAGAGAUGCCUGGCCGUUCAUGGACCCCGUUGACGAGGACAUAGCACCUCGCUACUACUCCAUCAUCCGAAGACCCAUGGAUCUGCUGAAAAUGGAGGACAAACUGGACAGUGGGGAGUACCACAAGUUCAGCGAGUUUCGGAACGACUUUCGCUUGAUUGUCAACAACUGCAGAUUGUACAAUGGGCACAAUAAUGAGUACACGGAGAUGGUCAAUAAUCUGCAGGACGCCUUCGAGAAGGCCACAAAGAAGUACUUCGAUAAUCUGUCCGACGACGACGACGACGAUCCGAACCUCAGCUACCCCGCCGCCGACUCCAAGAUGAACGUCUUUCGGGAGAAGUACUUCAGCAAGAAAUCCAAAGAUGAGGCGGAAAAGGAUGCGGUGGGCCGGCCGGAGAGCAGCGCCGAGGAAGAUCAGAGCGACAUCGGGGAGGAAGCCGCCCAAAAGGUCCAGAAACGCAAGCGCAAGGAGAAGGACAAACGCCGCAAAAAGAAGACCAAGAGCAAGGCCGACCCCGACCCCGACACCGAUGACGAGGACAUGGAGGCGGACAGGGAACCGACUCCACCGCCUCCGCCUGUGCUCAGCAAGAAGAGCAAAGCGGGUAAAUUGGCGAAGGAUAAGGAGAAGGAUAAGGAAAGGGAGAAGGACAAGGAGAAGGAGAAAGACAAAGAUAAAGACAAGGACAAAGACAAGGAUAAAGAGAAGGAAAAGGAAAAAGAAAAGGACUCGUCUUCCUCCAAGCGAAGCCGCAAGCUUAAAAGUGAAAAGUCCUCCAGCAAGCCGGGAAAGCAACAGCAAAAGACCAAAAAGGGCGCCAAGAAGCCUGUCCACGAUACGGAUCCCGAAUCUGAUCUUGCAUCGGAUCCCAGCGACGAUUCCAGCGAUGACGAACAUCUUUCGCUGGCCAAAACCAAGUCUCUCCUGAAGCCCACUGCGCGGACGAUUGCGGCGCAAAAAAAGAAGUCUGUGCCGGCGGAGUCGAAAGUGAAAACGUCGCCGACAAAGCGGCCGGCGAAGGGAAAGUCCAAGGCUGCGCGCAAGGCAAAGGACGACUCGAUGGAGAGCGACCUGUCCGACGUUGAUGUGAAGAAGCAACUGCCGCCAACUGCGGCUGCGGCGUUGGCAGAGUCGGCCGCGGAGCUGGAGGACGACGAGGAAGAUGAGCGCGGUGCGGAUGGGGACGAGGAUGACUCGCGGUCGCGCAGCAUGUCGCCCUUCAAGGUUGAUCUCCACAAGAAAUACUCAAAAAGUGCCCUUAACGACGAUCUCUCCGAGCUGUUGACUACCGUGAAGAAGGUGCCCAGGCACAAGGAAGACGACGAAGAUGCGGACCGAGUCCGCGAGUCUGAUGGCGAUUUUAAAUCCCUUAGCAAUAGUAGGGCCAGCUCCCCAGAGCAUACUGCUCCCGUCUCCAAAAAGGGAAAGAAGGGAGAAAGUUCAAAGAAGGAAAAGGAAAAGGAUAAGAAGAGCCAGGAGAAGAAUAAAGACAAAGGCAAGGAGAAGGAGAAGGACAAGUCCCGGAAGAAGGGAAAGGAGGAGUCGGCUCUGUCGGCAGCAGCUGCGGCGGCCGCCGCCGAGCAAGCGGAACUGGAGAUGCUUCUGCCCUUCAUGGACAAGUACGACGUGAUCAAGUACCGACGAAGUCGAGCCUCCAACUCGCUAGCGCCCCCGGCAGAGGACACCAAGCCGGCCAGCACCAAAAACUCCAGGGAGACCAAAAAGACAUCCAACAAAAGGGAGAGAUCCCCGGAGCCUGCGGACAGUAAGCGUGGCAGGAAGAGCAAGGACCAAAAGCGAUCCAAGGAUCAGUCGGAAAAGGCAGAGAAGCCAGAGAAGGCCUCAAAGACAGAUUCCGAGAAGCAGAGCGAAAAAUCAAAAAAGAAGGAGAAGGCGGAAGAAAAGGCGGAGAAGCCAGUGAAGGAGAAGCCUCCAAGGGAGAAGUCACCUCCGCCUCCUACCGUUUCAGAGUCGAACAAAGAUCUGCCAGCUCCCACGCCGGCACCUUCCACCGCAGCGGGUAAGUCAAAGGACGCGCCUGGCAAAGCUGCACCCAAGAAGAGGCCCGACAAGCAAAUGCCUCCGCCCCCGAAGCCGGCGGACAAGCCCCUGGAGAAGGGCACUGGCAAGAAAGCGGCCAACAAGAAGGCCGCUCAAAAGGCGGGCCAGCCGCAGACGAACAACAACACCAACCUGGCGGCCCUCGACGUGGAGACGGAGCAAACCCUGAAGGACAUAAACCGCUGGCUGGAGCACACGCCGCGCUUCACGGAGUUCAGCUCGGCUAGUAACUCUCCCUCCCGCUACACUCUCCUGGACGACUUCGACUCUGGAAUUGGCAACAAGCUGGAUGCAGCGGACUUCCGAAGGCCCGUGCCCCUGGCAGCUCCAAAGGCAGAGCUGGUGCCAACCAAGCUGGCCGAGGCUCUGAACGAGUUGGUGAGCGAUCCCAAGGAGGCGGCCAUGAAGUCCGAAUCCGAGUCGGCGGCUCCUACGGCCAGCAGUGUUAGCAGCAGCUGCGGGACUCCGCCCCAUUCGAUGCACUCCGGAAACUCCAUUGGCAGUACGUCCGCCACGGCUGCGUCCAGCUCGAGUUGUUCCAUCAAUUCGAUGGCCACUCCGCUGCCGAUAGCGAAUACUCCGACGCCAACGCCACCGCCGCCACCUCUGAUGCCCGUUUCGAAGCCCAAGGAGCAUGGGACCACGCAGCUGCUGCUGAACCCGCCCCCUCCGCCGCACAUUAAGCAGCAGAUGGCCAAGGAGGCGAAGAGGAAGUCCCUCAAGGAAAAGCAGGCGGCCCAAGCGGCGCAGGCUCAGCAGGUGAAGGCCAAAGGCAACAUAAUGAGAACCAUCGAGAGGCUCCAGCCGGGCAAGGCGAAGGGGAAUCUCAUCCAGAACGUUGUGGCGGGGAAGGCCACCGAGGAGAGUAGCGACUCGCAUGUCGGCACCAACUCAGUCAAAGAACCAAAGAACGCCCUGAUCACGGAGACAAGCGAUGGCGCUCCCAAGCUCAGUCUGGGAACUGUGAUCAAGACCCAGGACUUUGCCUUGGGGAAGACGCUGGAGGAACUGGCGGGCAAAAAGUCCCAAGACGAAGAUGAGAGUCCCAGUGAGGAGGUGAAGCCUGAGGAGUCCUCGGCGCCAACAACUCCGAACAAAGAGCCCACAAAGCCAUUCGAAGCUCUGCUGGAACUGAGUAAAGCCAGCAAAUCCUCAGAAGCGCCCAAAACCGAGGCUGGUCAAAAGGAGAAGCCCAAUCUGAGCGCCUGGCUGAAGGCCUUCGGGGGCCCCAAGGUGAGCAAGAAGUCCGAGGAUGAGGAGAAGCAACAGUCGAGUCUGCAGGACACGCAGAGUGACGGUAAGGUUGCCCCUCCGGCCCAUUCGCCCGCUGGGGACAACUUCUCGCUGCCGACGGUCAUGCGCCAGAGGAAGCCGAGCACUGGAAGCACAAACUCGGAACGAAGUUCCUUCAGCCAGGAUCCGGACUCGCCGAGGAUCGCCAUCGACGAGCGAUACGGGUCCUACGCAGCGGGCUCGUAUACCUCCCCGAUUGGGGCCUCGCCCAUUGGAGCGUCUCCCAUUAUGGUUUCCCCAAAGCCAAACGAUGACAUGGGCAAGCCUGCCUCGCCCUACCCCUUGAACGGCGCCAUCAAGGUGGGCUUCUACCAGGACACCACGACCAAAAGCAGUCCGGACAAGAGCUGCAGUCCCAGGGAGAUGAACUCCCCAUAUCCGCAAUACUCGCAGCACAUCUACUCCUCUGCCUCGUCGCCCAACGUCUCCACUCCCGAUUUGAGUGGAACUUCCCCGUACGGAGGUGGCAACAGCUACAAUCCCUCCGGCUCCGAAGCGUCAAAGACACCCGCCUACUCCUCCACUUCGCCUCUGCCCAUCUACGACCAGUACAAGCAGCCGCGAUCCCAGGAGUCGGACUACAACUCCUCGAUGAGUCCGAGCACCCCGAAUCCGCACUCGCCGUACCAGCAGCCGCAGACCUCUCCGUACACCACCCCGCAGCAGUCCCAGUCGACGCAGCCUUCGCCCUUCCACAGCCAGUCGCCCUACCACCAGCAGCAGCACUCACCAUAUCACCCGCCCGCGGCCCAGCAGCAGCAGCAGUCCUCGCAGCAGUCGUCGCACAGUCCGGCAGCUCACCAACAGGCCCACAGCCCAAUGCCGAGCAGUGUGGACUCUCCGGCGUCCUCGGCCGCCACCCAACCUCCCACUCCGCUGGCCCAGUCCCCGGCGGAGCAGCAGCACUCGCCGUACCAGCAGCCGGUGCUAUCGCCAUACCAACAGCCUCAGCAGCAGCAGCAGCAAGUGCAGCCUCCAGUGGUAGCUCCCGUUCAACCUGCAUCUGGUUCUGUGCCAUCAACGGGUGAGUGUUCCCUUUCUAAAGUGGGUCCUGCUUUACGUUCAUCUCUCGAUCUAUCUGCAGCCCUAAGCAACAACGGAUACGCCCCCCCGCACGAGGGCUACCAGCAACACCAGCAGCAGCAGCAACAGCAGCAGCGUUCUCUGUACAAUCCAGCCACUCUCAUCAAUCCUUUGCCGAGCUCUGCGUCUUCAGCGGCCUCCAUUACCAAGCCGAACAACGACUGGAGUCUUACUCGGAGCCUGUUGCCUCCCAGCAUUACGAAUCCUGCCAAUCAGGUGCAGCAGCCACAACAGCAACCGGCAACUGGACAACAGCAGCAGCUGCAGGCGGGCCAACAGCAGCAGACGCACCUGCAGACGCCCUCACAACAGCAGCAGUUGCAGGCCACGCAGCAAUCUCAGCAGCAAUUGCAGACGCCCCAGCAGCAGCAGCAGCAGCAGCAACAGCCGAAGAUUCAGGCACAGCAGCAGCAGCAGCAACAAGUGUUGGGGCACCAACAGGCGCAGAAACCGAAAUACCCGACAUACCAGCAGUAUCAGUCGACCAAUGCAGCAGCCAAUGCGGCGGCAGCAGCAGAUGCAGUGGACACCCAGCAGCAACAACAACAGCAGCAGCAUCAGAAGAUUGUGCCGCCGAGCUAUGGCAGCGACAUGGCCACCUUUAUGCAGCAGAUUCAGCAGCCGCCUAAGACCGAGACGUUGAUCAACCCUCUGAAGAGACCUGGCGAGGAGAUGGGCAUGGAUUACAGUGGAAAUUCGGUUAACAAGUUGGCGAAACUAGACGAGCCUGCAACCCAGCAGCAGCAACAACAACAACAGCAGCAACAACAGCAGCAACUUCCGCAGCAACAGCAGCAGCAGAGCCAUAACCAGACCCAGUCCCUGAUAAACAAACAACAGCAAAUGUUCAACAGUUUCUUGGGCUCUAUGACCUUUGGCAAGCCCUUGGGCAACAUAGCUCCCGAUAAGGCGUUCGAGAUGUACAACAGAGCGGCGGCCAUGGGCUUCCCCAAGGACUUUGGCAAGGACAGCAGCUGCCAGUUGCAGCAACAACAGCAGCAGCCGCAACAACAAGCUCCUCAGGCCAGCAGCAACAAGCAACAGGCUAACCAGCAACAGGCACAGCUGAAUCAGCCGCAUCUCACCCAGUUACAAACGGCCCACAACCAGACAUACCAGCAGCAGCAACAGCAGCAACAAACGCAGGCGCAGAAGCUGGCACUGCAACAGCAGCAGCCGCCGCAGCAGCACAACUACCAACAGCAGCAGACGCAAAUGAACCAUAGCUACAACGCCACUCAGCAGCAGCAGCCGUCAGCGGGUGAGAAGCCAGCAGCUGCUCAGGCGGCUGGGGCUGCAGCGGCAGGCGAUGCCAACAGCAACAUGAUGCACCUGCCUUCCACCGCGCAUCAGCACCACCUCAGCCAGACUCACCACCUGGCUGCCUACAACAAGCCCACGCCGCCUCCGCCCCAGACCUACAGCAACCCUCUGAUGCACAGCCUCACGGAGUCAAUGCUGGGCUACGCCGGCAACUACUUCGACAAGUCUAUGCCGCCGGCGGCCCACAUGUACAGUGCCUCGAGCGCAGCGGCCACGGCAUACGGGAAUCCGGCACAGCAGCUGCCGGGUAACUACGUGCCCGGCAAUAACAAUCCCGCGCACCAGCAGCAGCAACAGCCGCAGCAGCAACAGCAGCAACCGCAAGUGGCCCCCGCCGAGGUCAAAGCUCCGGCUAAAAGGGGAAGGAAAAAGAAGGCAGCCACCAUCCAAGCCGAGGCAGCGGCUGCAGCCGCAAAACAGCAGCAGCAGCAGCAGCAACAACAGGCGCAGGUUCAGCAACAAGUGGCCACGGCCCAGCAGCAGCAACAGCAGGCACAGCAACAACAGCAGCAACAGGCCCAGCAACAGCAGCAGCACCAAACCAUGCCGCAGUACAACUCUGCCACACAUGCCCAGGCGCUGCACCAAGGAUUCCAACUGUAUGCGGGCCUGAAGUCCGGCGGAGUAUCCUCACCAGUGCCCAGCACAGGAGCCACCCCGGCGACAGGUUCGAGCAACGCCAACCAGACGGCGGCCGAUGCGGCCGCUAUUUCGCUGAAGACUUCCACGGGAAUGGUUCCGGGCAGUGCCUUUAAUUUCGCCCCCACACCCGGAGCACUGGGCUUGUAUGGAGAUCAGUCGGCAGCUGCGGCAGCCAGUAGUUAUCUGGACCAGUUUAGGGACGCACCCAAUCCUUACUAUAUGCCGCCGGCACCAGCCCAUAGCGGAGCAGCCACCAAUCCGGGUGGUAAUCCCAAGGACUCGAGUCAAAACCCACUGAAUACGGCAGCGGGAUCGUAUCCCUUCCUGGCGGCGGCACAUCCUUCCACGCGGGCAGCCGCGGCAGCAGCCGCCUAUCCAUUUGGGGACCCCAACUCGCAGUUGUACCAGCAGUACUUGCGGCGCGACGACUUCCACUCGCGGAUGAUCUUCAACCAGAGUCUGCUGGGCGGGCCGGCAGCGGCGGCGGCGGCAGCAGCCGGAUACGGACAACCGCCGCCGCCGCCGUCGGCCUAUCAGCGGGCCACGUUGGGCAUGCCCAAGCCGUACGACAUAAACCGGCAAUCAUGGUUUUAGCAGUACGCCAGUGCCGCCAACGUGGAUCUCCAAGGAGACGACCUGACGGGGGCGGCCACUGGAUCAGUUGGAACAUCGGGAACAGGAGCGUCUUCGGCGGCAGCCACACAGCGAUGAGAUUGAGAGUAGGGUCUCCGGGCUUAGAAAGGUUUCAAAGGGGGUAGUACACACCCGUGUUUUAUUUUCGUUUUUUAAAUAUUUGUUUGGCGGCCUUUUUUAUUUUUUAUUUAAUUUCAUUAAUUUAGUUAAAAUUUGGACAAAAACUUUGAUUUUGUACUUGAAAUUCCUAUUUAUUAUUUUAUGAACUCCAAAACCGCCUGGAUAACAAUCCAAAGUGAAAACACAAGGUGGAGAUGGAGAAGCCACCUUGGAGCGCGAUUUUUUGUACUGAUAUCUGAUAUAUUCAUUUGCGAGACUCGAAUUCCACUGCCUACCCCUGGUGCGUCGUCCCUGAUUUUCAUUAUCCGUAAUCCUAUGACCACUUCUUUUGUGCAAUUUUUCCCUUGACUGCAGUUGCGCCCUGGACUUUGGCCACGCCUGAUUAGAAAGUUUUGUUGGUCUUUAGUUGGUACAUAUGUUUCAUAGAAGUAUUUAGGUUGUAAGCCUUCUGUUAAUGACAAUUACUUUUAAUAGAUGUAGUCAAUUAGGCCUCUAAUUUAAUUUAAUUGAACUUAAUUUGUGUUAAAUGCUUAACAAAAGAACGAAACGGAAAGGAAAUGCAGAAAUUCAAAGAAUUGCUCUAAAGCUAACUCCCCAGACUAUAAUUAGACCUUAGUUUUUCCAGAAUUUAACUCGUAGCUGUAGAGCGUGUAAAUGAACUACGAUUAUUAAUUUUAUUAAUAUUGAUUAUGUACUAUGACUAAAUAGCUAUUAUCGAUUCGUGCUGCGGGCAAUUUGUUGAAAUAUUUAUUAAUCAAACCGAUCGAAGAGAUUCGCAACACAAACCUAAACUUAAACUUAAACUAUAAAUCGAAGAAAUCGAAGUUUAGUUGUAGAACGCCAAGCUGAUGUAUAAACUUUUGUUAAAUAUUCUAAGUACGUCUAUUUAAUCUAAAGCCUCCCUCUCCACCCCUCAAGUAAAAUAAACCAAUUCAACCGAGCUCACCUAUGUGCAACAUUCCGCCACAUCACCCACACCCCCUCCAAAACAAUAUACUAAUUGCUGUACAUAAAAACAGACUGUAAGAACUUCAGGCAGUUCUUACAAAUCUGAAAUUGUAGCUUUAAACGGUGUAUGAAUCGAUCGAGGAAAGCAAAACAAUUCAAAAUUAUCAAAUUAAUGAAAAAGUGUCUUAGUCGCCGUUAAAAAGAAGAAACGCAUAAAACCGAAAUCCCAUAAUAAUAAAUAAAUAAAUCCCUAUAUAUAUAUAUUUAGUGAAAACCAUAAACAAAAGAACCCGUAUUCGAUUAAGUUGUUAAAGCUUUCGUUUUGCAAACGUAAAUUACAAAUUUCUUUACGAUAACCUAGUUGAUAAAGAAAUCUGAUGAGAUGUGGAGAGUAAUUAGGAAGUGUGCGUGGAAAAAGCGGUACCUAGAGCAUAAAGAGCAGCAACAAACAUAUUUAAAGAACCACAAGCUAAAAUAUUAUAUUAAUAACUAAUAUGUAUACAUAAAUUAUAUAUAUAUAUUUAAAGAAACAUAUAUAUUAUAUGCAGUAAGUGCAGCGAGUGCACACAUUAUACAUAAAUGUGUAUGUAUAGGCUACGGCAGCAAAAACCAGAGUAAAUUACAAUAAAGAAUUCUAUUGCAUAUUG